UCUCCCUCUAUCUCCAUAUCUAUUGUUUGCUUCAUUUUGAGUUCUUGGAAUUUUGUGCUUCACUGGAACGAACCCUUAUUCCAGGUAAGAACCCAGCAAGAGACGGCAAAAAGCUCAAAUUUUUUGAUUUCAUAAGAAAGGCCAUCAAAAUAAGAGGUGAUGGUGAUAGUUUAAUUAGUCCCUUUCAUAUCAGCUCUCCUAUUUACUCCUUUUAGUAUCUUUUUCUUGAUCUUGACAAUCACCCUUAAUUUUCUUGGAUAUCUGGGUUCCACUCUCACUUCACUUCUGUCUCCAACCUGAGCACUUUCCGGGAAAGAAAAAAAAAUCUUUCUUGUUUCGACAAGAAAAGAAAAGAAAAGGUCAAAUGGGUGAUUGUUUAUCUGAUUUUUUUGAUGAACCAGAGUUGGCCGAGGAUGACCUCUUCGCCAUUUUUGAGAGCUUAGAUAGCUUCACUGACUUCCCCCCAGUCACACCGCUGGAUAAAACUGUAAACAGCUGCUAUCAAGAAGAAAAAGGCGCCAUUGCUGAGACAGAAACCGAGCUUGAAACUUCACCCAAGAGUAAGAGACGGAAGAUUAACGCGGCCACCAUCUCCUCCGAUGAAGCAAUCCCAGAUGGGCAACAAAGAAUGUCUCACAUAACGGUGGAGCGCAAUCGGAGAAAGCAAAUGAACGAGCACCUCUUAGUGUUGCGAUCUCUCAUGCCUUGCUUCUAUGUCAAAAGAGGGGAUCAAGCUUCGAUAAUUGGAGGUGUUGUUGAUUACAUCAAUGAGUUGCAGCAAGUUCUGCAAUCACUCGAAGCCAAGAAGCAAAGAAAAGUUUACAGUGAAGUGUUAAGCCCCAGAAUAGUUUCAAGUCCAAGGCCUUUGCCACUUAGCCCUAGAAAACCGCCUCUAAGUCCGAGGCUGAACCUACCCAUAAGUCCGAGAACUCCGCAGCCGGGAAGCCCUUACCGACCGAGGUUGCAGCAGGGUUACCUAUCUCCGACUAAGCCUGGUUCGGUUGAACCAUCUCCUUGUUCUUCAAGUACUUCCUCCAUUGACAAUGUUAAUGAGCCUGUUGCCAAUUCGAAGUCUGCCAUUGCUGAUGUUGAGGUCAAGUUUUCAGGCCCUAACGUUCUUCUGAAGACGGUUUCUCCAAGGAUACCUGGCCAAGCUCUGAAAAUAAUAGCCGCUCUUGAAGACCUCUCCCUGGAGAUUCUCAACGUGAAAAUCAACACUCUUGAUGAAACCAUGCUUAACUCCUUCACAAUUAAGAUUGGAAUUGAAUGCCAACUGAGUGCGGAGGAGCUCGCUCAACAAAUCCAACAAACAUUCUACUAAUAAGUUUGCAUAUUUACAAUGAAUAUUAUUUUGAAUAUAACGAUAAUGUGUCACCAUAUGAUUAAAUAUGAUUUUUUAAAACUACCCACAUAUGUGGUGACGUAUCAUCAUUAGUAUUCAAAUUAAUAUUCAUAAGUUUGAUAAAACUAUUGAUAAGUCUACUAAUGAUAGUUUCAGUUUCAGAUUCCAAACCUAACAAGAAGUUUCGCAGAAGAUUUGCAUAAAUAAAAGAAAUGGGGUAGACAUUAACCAGCAUUUCUAUUGACUAAUUUAGUAGAUUAAAUUGUACGUAGAUGAUUAGAAUUGUCAUCACUUGUUUUAGCUAGUGUAACCUUGUAAUUGAGCUUAAUUAGUAUGUAUGAAUCUUAUUGGUUAUUGAAAUAUUUCCAUUUCCCAA